ACACUUGACAUUUGAUAGUGGCCGUCAGGCAAUCGAAGAAAAACAGAAGAAGAAGAAGAAAUGGGGAAGCAGCCGGUGAAGAUGAGGGCAGUGGUGUACGCUUUAUCACCGUUCCAGCAGAAGAUAAUGAGUGGGCUAUGGAAGGAUCUGCCUGCCAAGAUUACCCACAAGGUCUCUGAGAAUUGGAUCAGCGCUACUCUUCUUCUCACCCCUCUCGUCGGCACCUACACGUAUGUCCAAAAUUUCAAAGAAAAGGAGAAGCUGGAACAUAGGUAUUGAAACUAUUGGGAGCCCCCAUUUUGGUGCUACUAUACUUUCAUGCAUUUUGGUUGGGACUUGGACUAAGUCUUGAGUUGGUGUGUUUAGUUAUGGAUACGGGAUAAUGAAAUUAGAACAUUAUCUUCUUUUUGGUUAAUAAAUUUGUGGAUUUGCUCUUCAA